CCCCCCCGCCCCGCCGCCCACCCAGCGCACCCAGGCCUGACCGGCCCGCUCCAGCUCCCCCCCCCCGGCUCCAUGGCGAGGACGGACCCCUGACGGCGGGUGCCCACGGGCCGGAGGAGACACUACCGGGCACGGCCCGGAGAGAUGCCCCCGACAGCAUCGGGUCCCGCCCUGGCCCUGCCGCCGCCCUGAGCAUCCCGUCCCCCGUCCCAAGUGCAGGGAGAGAGGCGCGAGCCUCCCCGCUGGGGCCAGCAGCCAAGAUGGUGAUGUCCCAGGGCACCUACACCUUCCUCACCUGCUUCGCGGGCUUCUGGCUCAUCUGGGGGCUCAUCGUGCUGCUGUGCUGCUUCUGCAGCUACCUGCGGCGGCGGGUGAAGCGGCAGCAGGAGGAGCGGCUGCGGGAGCAGAGCCUGCGCGCGCUGGAGCUGGAGCCGCUGCACUACGAGGGUUACGGGGGCAGCCCCCCCGGCAUCGCCAUCCCCCACCGCCUCCGCCUCGAGCCCCACCACCAUCACCCCCACCACAUCCCGCCCCCCCGGCCCUGGAGCUGCCGGCACGAGUCGGACCUGUCGAAGCCACCGUGCUACGAGGAAGCGCUGCUGAUGGCGGAGCCCCCCCCGCCGUACAGCGAGGUGCUGAUGGACACGCGGGGGCUGUACCGCAAAAUCAAUGCCCCUUUCCUGAGCCACGAGCGGCUGGAGAAGCAGGAGCAGCCCCCCAGCUACAAACCCCUUUUCCUGGACGCCGGGUACGGCUCGGCGCUGCACCUGCCCCGCUCGGCCAGCCCCGGCCCGGCCUGCCCGGACCUCUACCUGCAGGCAGAAUGCUCCCCCCGCAUGUUUCCCAGCUGGACGGACUCGGAGCUCAGCAGCAGGGACACCUACGAAACUGGCCCCUGGCACCUCCCGGUCUCCAUGCCCCUCUUCGGCAGGACUACCGCUGUCUAACGGCGGCCACCUCACCGUGGGUGCCCGUCCGGCACCGGAGCGGGGACGGGGGGAAAGGGGGUGGUUGUGGUUGCCCGCGUCACC